GCAUCGCUUGGGACGAACUACAGAGCAAACCCAAGAUAUAGGAAGAAUGAGAAUGGCAGGACCAUUGCAAACAAGCUUGAGGCUUAACUUUAAACGAAGUUUAUGGAGAUGCAGCGUAAAAUCAUUAUCCUCUCUCACAGGAAGUCGCUAUGUGUCCAGUCCAGUUGAUGAUAAAGAGAAUAAUUCAGUGAUAAGUGAUUUACUUGUGUAUGAAAGAAGAAAGCAGUUAAAGUCAAAUGUAAAGUUGUCUAAUGAUGAUACUAAUGGGGAAGGUGAGAAAAAAGAGAUGUUUACAAUAAAAAGAGAGGACAAAUUAGGUAGUGGUAAUGUGGCUCUGAACAGUGACCAACAGAGGAUUAUAAACUUGAUGAAAGCUGUAAAAUUCAAGAACUUAUGUUACAUUGUUAGACAGGAUGCUGCUGAUACACUUGUAGAACAUUUGAAGAAAGACCUAAGAGAAGGAGAUGUAAUAGCCGAGGCUAAUCUUGGACCUGGUGUUCUUACAAAAACUAUUCUUGAACAAACAGUGCAUAAAGUUAUAGGAUAUGAACCAAACACAGAGUUUUUAAUGCAUUUACGAUCAGAAAUGACUGGGUAUUCUGGCCGUUUAGAACUGCUUUGUCUCGAUCUCUUUAAGUUCUAUUGGUAUUAUACAUUGAAUAAACGAGAACCAGAACGAGAAGGGGAGACAGAUAGGCUAGCACAACUCUUAGAACCUCUCCUUAUUAAGGAGGAACAAGCAUCCUCUGUGAGGAUUGUAGCCUCGAUAAGUGAAAUGUCAGUCCUUCAUAAGUUAACACUUAGUUAUACAUUUCAAUGUUGUUUUUUCAAAGACAUAUUUCCUAUUCUGUAUUUAUAUGUGCCAGAUCAUGUACAUGAACACUUAACAUCAUCCUCUCGAAACAUUACGAGUAAGAGGUUGACAGUACCUUUUGCUUUUUACUUUGAUAUCGAGCAUCUUGACACAGCCCUAAAUAGCAGUUUCUACUCGCCACACUUAAGAAGUAAGAAGUUCAAGAACAAAGAGAAUACCUUCCAUUUAAUGAAGAUUACGCCAAGAGAAAAUGUGCAAGAAAUUGUUGCCAGACAUGAACUCCCUACUUUUCAUUACUUCAUGAGGUGCUUAAUCAAUGCAAAAUCUGGAGAAUCGCUUAUAUUUCAUAUGGAGAAGUGGAUUCCAGGUUGUGGAAUUGACUAUAUUAAGUUUGUACAUUGGGAUUGUUGGUAUAAUCUUAGUCUUGUUUUUAAUGCAAAGACUGAUUAUAGGAGUAUCCUAAUCAGUUACGAGCAUAAUAAUGCUUCAUUCCCCAAAAAGGAAGCUGUCAAUCCAACUCUAUAUAGAAAUGAUUAA